GAACGCUCCCCCAACACUGAGAAACAUUGACCGGCCCUGUUUACCUCUGACCGCCUGCUGGCUUUCCGUCUAAAAUCUAAACAUACCCUUUUCAACAGAGGACAUUCCAUCGCAAAUACCGACAGAUCAGACGUUGUAACCAUGGAUGACAUUGCGAAAGAAUACGAUGUCAUUGUCCUGGGCACAGGCUUGACUGAGUGCAUUCUUUCUGGUGUGCUUAGUGUCAAGGGAAAGAAGGUCCUCCACAUUGAUCGCAACGACCACUAUGGCGGUGAGGCCGCAUCGGUCAACCUCGAGACGCUUUUCAAGAAGUAUGGAAAUUAUCAAAAGGGCGAGGAGCCAUGGACCAAGUAUGGCCGGCUGAACGACUGGAACAUCGAUCUCGUUCCCAAAUUCCUCAUGUCCUCGGGCGAGUUGACCAACAUCCUCGUCUCCACUGACGUCACACGCUAUCUCGAAUUCAAGCAAGUGGCUGGCAGCUUCGUGCAACAAGGCCAGGGGUCCAAGGCCACUGUCGCCAAGGUCCCUUCUGACGCCGCUGAGGCCCUGCGCUCCCCUCUCAUGGGCAUCUUCGAGAAGCGUCGCAUGAAGGGCUUCAUCGAGUGGGUUGGUACCUUUGACAUCAAGGAUCCCGCCACUCAUAAGGGUCUCAACCUUAAUUCGGCCACCAUGAAGGAGGUCUACGACAAGUUCAGCCUGGAAACCGGCACCAGAGACUUCAUCGGCCACGCCAUGGCCCUCUACACCAACGACGACUACCUCACCAAGCCUGGUGCUGCCCCCGAGGCCAUCGAGCGCAUCCGCCUCUACGGCCACUCUGUCGCCCGCUACGGCAAGUCUCCUUACAUCUACCCGCUCUACGGCCUUGGCGAACUUCCCCAGGGCUUUGCUCGUCUGUCCGCCAUCUAUGGAGGCACCUACAUGCUCAACACUCAAAUCGACGAGAUACUUUACGACGACGGCAAUGUUGCCGGCAUCAAGGCCACCAUGACCGGCCUGGACGAGAUGAAGUUCGAGACGAAGACCAAGACCAUCAUCGGCGAUCCUAGCUACUUCCCCGGCAAAGUCAGGGUCGUGGGCCAGGUCCUGCGCACCAUCUGCAUCCUCAAGCACCCGCUUGCCGGCACCAACGACGCCGACUCGUGUCAGAUUAUCAUUCCCCAGAGCCAGGUUGGCCGCAAGCACGACAUUUACAUUGCCUGCGUGUCUUCUGCACACAAUGUCUGCCCCAGGGGCUACUGGGUUGCCAUCGUAUCCACCAUUGCCGAGUCGGACGCGAACCAUCACAUUGAGCUUGCGCCUGGUCUGGAGCGCCUUGGCAAGGUUGAGGAACAGUUCAUGGGCCCCCCGAUCCCCAUUUACGAGCCUACCGACGACGGCACCAAAGACAAUGCCUACGUCUCCAAGAGCUACGACGCCAGCAGCCACUUUGAGAGCACCACCGAUGAUGUGAAGGACAUUUACCGCCGCGUCACAGGCCAGGAGCUUGUUGUGGAGGGCUUGAGGGAGGGCAUUCAGGUAGCAGAUGAGCAGUAGAACGAACGUACUUCAGGCUGCAGAGCAGCGUUGAGAUAGAGGGUAACACAGCCAAUGGAAAGUUCUUUUUAUAGGAAAU